AUCUGUGACAGAUGUCAAUAAUAAUUACAUGAAAAUGAUACAUUUUACAAUAUGAUCAGCGUGUUUUUUCUUCUUCUUUAACUUUCAUCAUGAUAACACAUGUUACAACAUCUCACAUUUACUGUGUACACUUGAAUCAAGUUAACACUACAAUACACUUUUUAAUCAGGACUUACUUUGAAUGCAAAUGCUCAUUUUGCUUACAGGCACUUUCGUUAAAAGCUAUAAUGUCUUUAUCAAUUGAUAAUAUAUUCAAGAUUAUCUUCUUUUCCGCGGAGAGGCUGAAUAAAUUUUGUUGAUAAAUGAUACUCACGCCAAUUCACGUUAUUAUAACAAAAUUUGAGGAGAAGUGUUAGGAUGACUUUAAGAAAGUUAAAACUAUUGACAAGAUUAUCUCUGAUAUGCUGUUCGGUGAUUUUAAUUAUCAUUAUCAUCAAUAUGACCCAGUCUUUAGAUGACCAGUACGAUAUAAAUGACGAAUAUAUUGUAACACAGUAUGGACCUGGUGAAGUUACAGACUCGACUUCUGAAAAUAAGGACAUGAGACAGGUUCCUCUGCUAACACAAAUAAAGACUCAGAGAAAUAAUGUUGUAUUAGGCAAUAAAGCAAAGGAACAAAGAGAUGUUAACGUGGAUCUAAUGAUUGAUAGACUUAAUAAGACAGAGGAGUUCUUCACAUUAUCAUUUUGGAAUACUAGUUUUACAGAAUUGGUAAGAACGUUGGGAAGUAAAGCUAAGAAAAAUGCUAAAACAUUAUUUGCAUUCGAUAACAUCAAAACUAAAGAAAAUUUACCAGCCUGGAAACAACUGCACAUGAAUAUUCGACAAUUUUCUCUUUAUGAUCCAGAUGACCCGAAUCUUAACAUCGUGCUUGAUGAACUUUCAAAGCUUCCAAUCAAAUCAAUGGAAACUUCGGACGACUGGAAGGAUGGAACACAAUUUAAAAUGGUUUUUCAUUUUGAGAAUGGUGCGACAGGAUUGGCAAAGCCUAUGAGGUAUCGUAGAGAAGUUGAAACGAGUGAAAAUCACUAUAUUUUUGACGACAUGGAAAGACAUAUAGCCGAAAUAGCGGCUUUCCAGCUUGACAAACUACUAGGUUUUCAGCGAGUUCCACCAACGAUAGGAAGAAAGGUAAAUAUAACCAGUGAACUGAAGCCAAUUUCACCAAAGUCAUUAAAUAAGACGAUCUACUACUCACCAGCUGGAAAUAUUUGUUUUUAUGGAAAAUGCCGACAAUUUUGUAAUCAUGCGUAUGCGUUCUGUGGACAUCCGGACAUGAUUGAAGUUUCCAUACAGAGCUUCCUGCCCUCUGAAAAAAUAGCGCGCAGAAAAUCUUGGCAACAGCCUUGGAAGAGAGCGUACAGUCUCCGCCGAAAAGCAUACUGGGAAACCAAUGACGAUUUGUGUAUUUCGGUGCGGAAAAGGAGUCCUUUCAACAACGGGAAGAUUCUACAAGACAUAAUUGACGUACAUACAUUCGACUUUUUGACAGGCAAUAAAGAUCGACAUAACAUCGCAACAUUCAAGCAGUUCGGAAAUUAUUCAUUUCCAAUAUUGUAUGAUAACGGUAGAGGAUUUGGACGACAAACUUACGACGCCUUGUCUAUUUUGGCACCGCUGAGGCAAUGCUGUCUUAUUCGAAAAUCAACUUUGCUGAAGUAUAUUAAAUUAUAUUUAGGAGAUGAGAAACUCAGUUCACUAAUGAGAAAAGCUUUUUAGAAAGUGACCCAGUAGCACCUGUUCUAGUUGAAGGACAUUUGAACGCCUUGGAUAGACGUCUUGUAAAAAUUCUGUAUGCUGUUGCAAUCUGCUUACAGUCUCGUGCUGUACGUGACGUAAUUGUUGCAGAUGACUUUUGGACGGGGGCUUGAAAUGUCUGAUCUUAUACUGUUUUUUAUUUUUAUACAAAUUCAGUUGUCAGUUUUUAUGCUCACCGAAGGGUAGUGUAAAAGAUCCAUUAAUCUUCAUAGCCUAAGUUUGCCUAAUAAUUAAGCUUUAAACUUUGAAACUACAAGAGGUAUACUUUUCUGUGUCCAAAGCCUAUUCGGGGAGCAUCACCCGGUUCAACCGGCUCUUGCAUAUAAAGUUUCUAUACCUGAUUCCUUACAGACCUGUGGUUAUACAUGUAUCUUAUAUUAAGAAAAAAAGUUAAAAUUUAACUGUUUAAAUUCAAAUUAUUAUUGUAUUAUAACGCACUACAUUACGCCCACUGAAUAUAUAUGUCCCAGCGGAUAUUUGUUUGAUUGGGUUUUUACGUCACACCGACACAGUAUAGGUCAAGGCGACG